AACCAAUCUAACCAUUCUCAGUUUUCUCUCUAAUUUUUCUCCUUCCAUUUCAUUUUGAUUUCUAACCCUAACUUUUCUCCAUAUAGAAAAAAAAAAUGGAGUUUGAAUUGAUGGAAUUCCCAAACAAAGAUGAAAAGAAAGCAAUUCUAGAAACCGCUUCAGAUAGCAUAAACUCACUCAACAACUUCGUCGAUUUUCUCUCUCAUAAACCUUCUCAUCUAAACUCCGAUCUCACAAACACCACCGUAACAAACUUCAAAAAACUCUCCAACUUACUCAACCGUACCGGCCGCGCCCGCUUCCGUCGUGCACCCCUCCCUCAACCACCACAAAACCUCACUCCAACUCCCACUCCCACUCCCUCCACCUCCACACCACCACUUCAAGUUCAACCUCCUCAACCUCCCCAGAACCAUUCUUUAACUCUCGAUUUCACUAAACCGAACGUUUUCCGAUCUAACCCUAAAUCCUUAGAUCUAGAAUUCCAUAAAGAAGCCUUCAGUGUUUCCUCUAACUCCUCAUUCUUGUCCUCCGCUAUCACCGGUGACAUCACCGGCGACGGCAGUGUUUCUAACGGUAAACAAGGUUCAUCUCUCUUCCUCAACACCAUCUCCGCCGCAAAACCUCCUCUUUCAUCUACAUCAUUGAAGAACAAUUGCCACCACGAGCACUCCGAUAACGUCUCCGGCAAACGCUCCGGUUCUAAUAAGUGCCACUGCAUCAAGAAAAGGAAAAAUCGGAUGAAGAGAACGGUGAGGGUACCGGCGGUGAGUUCGAGGAUAGCGGAUAUACCGGCGGAUGAAUAUUCGUGGAGGAAGUAUGGUCAGAAGCCGAUAAAGGGAUCAGCGUAUCCAAGGGGGUAUUAUAGAUGCAGUACAGUGAAAGAGUGUCCAGCGAGGAAAAAGGUGGAGAGGGCGAUGGAUGAUCCAACGAUGCUGAUUGUAACGUAUGAGGAGGAGCAUCGGCAUGAGAUUCAUACUGCGAUGCAGGAGAAUAUUUCCGGUUCCGGGAGCAUGGGUUUGGUGGUGUUUGAGUCAACGUUAGGUGGGAAUUAGAAAUGGAAUAUUGGAUUUUUUUAGUAGGAACAAUUAGAAACUUAAAUGGGAAUCAGGGUUGCAAUGUAAAUUUUGUCUGACUAAAUCAUAUUAUUACUAUUUAUUUUUUUUGAAAAAUAUUAGUACUAUUGCUAGCACUUUAGCACGUGAAAUGCUAGUUUGGAAUUAUCUAUUUUUAA